AUGGGAAUGGGGUUUGAACAUGCAAUAUUACAAAACCAACUAGCACAAAUCCCCAUGUUGCCAAAGCCACCACAAAUAUUCCCAGUACCGCAGACAUCACCGCCUUUUUAUAUAAACAACAACCCUCCCCCUAUACUACCGCAACCCCCGCCGCAGUUCUACUCGAACAACAAACUCAUACAAUUCAUGAGCAACGUGCAUUUUCCCGAGGUUCCGGUCGGACUGAACGAUUGCAUCAACCUGCUCCCCCAAAGCAUGUCUUUGGCGGACAUGCUGCUGAAACCGCCCCACCUCCAAGAGCAAUGGUACCAAUACCUGCGCGAAACGUCUGGCAUCGAAGCCGCGGAAAAGUUCAAGUACCUUCUCCACACCACCAAUCAAAACGGGUCCAGGAUCCCGGACAACAACAUUUUCGGCAGGUCAACCCCGCAAAAUUGCGAGUCGCCCACUUUCAGCUGGUACGACAGUCCCAACAACCAACUCAACUUCAACAAACCCGUUUAUAUGAGAGAUAACGUGCCGCCUGCCGAGGCGCAUCAUUCUGUACUCCCCCUGCCCGCCCCUCAGCAACUUCAGUCGCAAUCUCACCAACCGCCGCCACCUCAUGUUAACGGUAAUAGUAACAGUGUUGCCCACAACGGGGCGAUGCCGGAAGGUUCUUUAUUCAUGUUUCACGUUCGACGCCAGGAAGGCGACAUUCAACGUUUGAUCAACGAGGAGUUCGCCAAUUUAAGAAUAGAUAACGAUGUUUCGUCUGAUGUUGCACAUUUGAUAGAAAGAUAUGAUUUAAUUUGCGCAAUAAGUUUGCGCGAUAUCACAAUUGGGUUUACAUCGAGUUGGGAAAUUAAAUAA